AUGAGGUGCCUAGAAGGAUACUGCAGAGAGUUAGCAGUUCAGUACUUGCAAGACGAGGCACUGAUUUGGUGGGAAAGUGUGGUUGAAGGAGUCAGUAGACGCUAUGAGCUGACAUGGAAUGACUUCAAGGAUGAGUUCUCUCGUGAGUACUUUCCACCAGAGGAAAUGGACACGUUGAAAAGUGCUUUUGAAGAUUUGCGCCAAGGAAACCUCAGUAUGAGGGAGUACAAGGAGGAAUUCAACAGAUUGAGAAGAUUCUCUAGAAAGAGUUUCACUCAGGCUGAUCUGAUUCGUCUGUUCAUGAAAGGUUUGAGGUUAGAGCUGAGGAACCGUUGCUCGCUCGGAAGGUACCUGAGUUUGGUGGAGCUUGUGGAAACAUCUGCUAACCAGGAAGUUGGUCUUGAGGAAGAGCUGAAGAAAGCAACGAGCUUUCAGACUCGCAGCAAUGCAUCACGUGUUCAGGAGACCCAGAAGAGGACGUGGAUGGACGUGACUAGGAACUAUCCUUCCGAGAUUGCACCCUUGUGUAAUUGCUGUGGGAAAAACCAUUUUGGGCGCUGUGGAUUAAUCAGGUGCUUCGGGUACAACAGAGGUGGACACCUCCAAAAGGAUUGUCGAGCUCAUGGAAAGGACAACUGGUGCUACAAGUGUGGGCAGCGUGGACAUUUUGCUAGGGAUUGCAAAGUAUACCCGCCUAAUCAGACAGUUCCCGCGAAUAAUCAUGGGGUGUUGCCAGCGCCAUCAGCUAAGAGGCAAGAUGUGGGACGAUCGGUCUCCGUAAGGGGAGCCUUAGCUUACACUUUGUUUGACAUGGGUGCCACACAUAGUUUUGUGAGUCCGAGGUUGACUAAGUGUUGGACUUUCGCUAAAAAUUUCAUUUCGAAGUCGAAAGCAGUUGAGACUGCCGAAACAGAACAGGUGAAGUCUAUUGGAGUGCACGAGGAUGUGCCAGUCUUGCUUGAAGGAGCAGAGCUUCUAUGGAAUUUGGUGGAGAUGAAGCUAGGCCAAUAUGAUGUGAUCCUUGGAAUGGACUGGUUAAAGCACUACCAAGUCAUUAUGGACCGUGAAAAGAUGUGA